AUGACUAUUAAUCAGAAUUUGUGUCGUGAUAAUGAUUCUGAAAUGACAAAUGCGACUUAUUUUAGAAGUUUGGUUGGUGGUUUGAACUACUUUUCUCAUACAAGACCAAACAUUUCUUUCUCUGUUGGCGUCAUAACGCGAUUUAUGAACAAUCCAAGUAAGCUUCACCCUGGAGCUGCAAAAAGAGUAUUGAGAUAUAUCGCUGGGACAACAUAUCAUGGAAUUUGGUAUUCUAAGGUAACAAAUUUCACAUUAAUUGGCUUUACUGAUAAUGACUACGUAGGAAACAUUGAUGAUAGAAAGAUCACAUAUGGUUUCUUGUUUAAUCUUGGAUCUGAAGCAGUUUCAUGGAGUUCAAAGAAGCAAGAAUUGGUGGCCUUAUAUACUCUAAAGGAUGAAUAUAUUGCAGCAACUUUUGUAGCUUGUCAAGAAGUUUGGUUAAGGAGACUUGCUUCUGAUUUUAAUCAGAAACCAACUGGUGCAACUGAGAUUUUUUUGUGA